AUGGAUGGCGCUGGUGGUAAUCCGAGUGGUGGUGGUGGUGGUGGCGGUGGUUUUGAUCCAUGUGAAUGCAUUAAUAUACUUCAAAUGAAUCAUGAACAUGCUAUGAAUCGUUUGACUAAUCUGCUUCGCAAUGCACAAACAACAUGUACUGAUACUGAAUGUUUUACUGGCCCAUUACCUGGUCAACCGAAUACUGAUGGUGGUAAUACAGGAAUAUCUCAUAUGUAUUUAAUAAUAGCUAUAUGGCUUGCUAUUGCUUUUUUACUUUUCAUAUUUCGUCCACGUACACUUCGAAACAAUCGUGAACAUCCGAACAAACCAAAUAACCAAGAUCCGCAUCAUGACAACCAAGAUCCGCCGGGACCAGAAGUACAUUAG